AUGGGCCCCUUGAGACGGUGGAAGCCGCUGAUAGCCAUUGUUGCCCUUUGGCUGCUCAUCUGCUACUUCUUCCUCGCCGACGACUCUUUAGAGACUCGAGAGACUCGCCGGCCGCUGUCACAAGACGCCACUCACACUCAACCAAAAGGUGGCAAGGGCGGCAGCCACGACGGCAAAGUUCGCUGGAGGAAGACGGCCCCGCGUUAUCCGGUUGAAUCUCCUCGAUCCCUCCCGAGGGACAAGCCGUACGCCGAGAUACCCCGGAUCCAGAAGUACCCCGUGCCGGAGGAGAGCAAAGACGCGCGGGCAGUCCGCCUGCAGCGCCUCGCCGCCGUUAAGGAGAGCUUCGAGCACAGCUGGGCCGGAUACAAGGAGCACGCAUGGCUGCGCGACGAGGUCGCACCCCUGAGCGGGGAGGCAAAGGACCCGUUUGGCGGAUGGGCGGCCACGCUGGUCGACACGCUCGACACGCUCUGGAUCAUGGGCAUGAAGAAGGAGUUCGAGGAGGCCGUCCGGGCGGCGGAGGGCAUCGACUUUACGUACACCGAGGCCAAGGCGAUCAACGUCUUCGAGACGACCAUCAGAUACAUGGGCGGGUUCCUGGCCGCGUACGAACUGAGCGAGAAGAGAUAUGCUGGCUUGUUGAACAAGGCAGUGGAGGUGGCAGAGCUUUUAAUGGGAGCGUUUGAUACGCCGAAUCACAUGCCAAUCUCGAGAUGGGACUGGGCAGAUUACAUGGAGGGUACGAAGCAGAUCGCGCCCAACUCGGUGCUCGUAGCAGAGAUUGGCUCGCUGUGCCUCGAGUUCACCAAGCUGUCGCAGCUUACGGGGGACAUGAAAUACUAUGACAUUGUGCAGCGCAUUGCAGAUGAGUUCGAGAAGAGCCAGCAUUCGACCAAGUUGCCGGGCAUGUGGCCGGUUGUGGCAGAUGCACAGAAGAUCUCGUUUACCCAGGACUCGCUGUUCACCCUCGGCGGCAUGUCGGACUCGCUCUACGAGUACUUCCCAAAGCAGUACCUCAUUCUUGGCGGGACAUUGCAGCAGCCGCGCAAGAUGUACGAGGACUUUAUCGAUGUCGCCAAGAAACAUUUGUUUCGCCGAGCGCUCAACGAGAACGAUACCCCGCUGCUCAUCUCUGGCGAGGCCAGGGCAUACACCUACAGCACAGGCGGCAGUGUGCAAACAGCCGCGAAAGGGCAACAUCUCACGUGCUUCACCGGUGGCAUGGUCGGUCUCGCGGCCAAGAUCUUUGACCGUCCCGACGACCUUGAUAUCGCCGCCCAGCUCACAAACGGAUGUGUGUGGUCCUACAACAUCACGGAGUCGGGCGUGGGUCCCGAGAUAUUCACAUUUGUCCCCUGCGGCCAGAUAGAGGAUCUCCAGACGGGGCAGCGAUGCAAGUACACCAAGGAGAAGUGGCACGAGGCUGUCCAGCAGCACUGGAACCCCACCCAGGGCACCGGCCCGGCGCCGGAGGAUGUGAUCCUCGACACUAUCAAGAGGCACCAGCUGCCCACGGGCAUGGUGGGCGUCAACGACCCAAAGUACAUCCUGCGGCCGGAGGCCAUCGAGUCGGUCUUCAUGAUGUACCGCCUCACGGGCGACGCCGCGUGGCAGGACAAGGCCUGGACCAUGUUCGCCAACAUCGAGCGGCACACGCGCUCGGGCAUCGCGUCGGCGAGCCUGCGGGACGUGACGGUCGAGAACCCGGUCCAGUUCGACAGCAUGGAGAGCUUCUGGCUGGCCGAGACGCUCAAGUACUUUUACCUCGUGUUCGCCGACUUUGACGUCGUGGAUUUGGAUAGAUCGAGCUGGCCAGUGACCAUAAUCACUGCCCCACGCCGGGCUCAUGAAUUACUUCCAGAUGUCGUCGCUGUCUGGUCCUUGAUAGCUCACGCUUCGCCUCGCAAUCACGCAGUCAAGCAGUUCAUUCGGAAUGUUCGGGCGUCGAAAACGAUAGCGGACGAGCGGGCGGUCAUCCAGAAGGAGAGUGCCGUCAUUCGAGCUAGCUUUCGUGAAGAGAGCGGUGAUCACACCGUACGGCGGAACAAUGUCGCGAAGCUCCUGUAUCUCUUCACGCUCGGCGAAAGGACGCAUUUCGGACAGAUCGAAUGCCUGAAGCUGCUUGCCUCCCCCCGGUUCGCCGACAAGCGUUUGGGACACCUGGCGACUAGUUUGCUGCUGGACGAGAACCAAGAGGUCCUGACGCUGGUCACAAACUCUUUGAAAAAUGAUCUUUCCCACUCCAACCAGUACGUCGUUGGACUCGCGCUCUGCACACUAGGCAACAUCGCCUCGGUCGAGAUGUCAAGAGAUUUAUUCCCCGAGAUCGAAAACCUCGUGUCGACUGCCAACCCGUACAUCAGGAGGAAAGCAGCGCUGUGCGCCAUGCGGAUAUGCCGCAAGGUGCCAGACCUGCAGGAGCACUUCGUUGAGAAGGCCGCACAGCUUCUGUCGGACAGGAACCAUGGUGUCCUGCUGUGCGGGCUGACCCUCGUCACGAGCUUGUGCGAGGCAGAUGAGGAGGAGGGUGGAGAAGAGGGUAUUGUCGAGAAGUUCAGGCAGUUCGUGCCUGUGCUCGUCAGGACCCUGAAAAGCUUGGCGUCCUCUGGCUAUGCCCCCGAGCAUGAUGUCACUGGCAUCACCGAUCCGUUCUUGCAGGUCAAGAUCCUUCACCUCCUACGUGUGCUUGCUCGCGGAGACUCGGAGGUCACCGAGCAGAUCAACGAUAUCCUGGCUCAGGUCGCUACCAACACCGACUCCUCCAAAAACGUGGGCAACUCGAUCCUUUACGAGGCCGUGCGCACGAUUCUCGAUAUCGAGGCAGACUCGGGUCUCCGUGUCCUUGGCGUGAAUAUCCUCGGCAAGUUCCUGACGAACCGGGACAACAACAUUCGCUAUGUCGCCCUGAACACCCUUAUCAAGGUAGUCGCGAUUGAGCCGAAUGCUGUUCAGAGACACAGAAACACCAUCCUGGAGUGUCUGCGGGAUCCUGAUAUCAGUAUCAGGAGGAGAGCCUUGGAUUUGAGCUUCACUUUGAUCAACGAGAGCAAUGUCCGUGUCCUGAUCCGGGAACUACUCGCCUUCCUCGAAGUGGCCGACAACGAGUUCAAGCCCACGAUGACAAGCCAGAUCGGUAUCGCUGCGGACAAAUUCGCUCCCAAUAAGAGGUGGCACAUCGACACAAUGCUGAGGGUUCUGACCCUCGCCGGAAACUACGUCAAGGAACCCAUCAUGUCCUCGUUCAUCAGAUUGAUCGCUACGACACCCGAGUUGCAGACGUAUGCAGUGCAGAAGUUGUACGCAAACCUGAAGAAAGACAUCACCCAGGAGAGCUUGACGCAAGCAGGCUCGUGGUGCAUCGGUGAGUACGGCGAUACCCUGCUCAGGGGUGGCCAGUAUGAGGAGGAGGAGCUCGUGCAAGAGGUGAAGGAAAGCGAGGUGGUCGACCUCUUCACCACAAUCCUCAACAGUAGCUAUGCUACCCAGGUCUCGACCGAGUACAUUGUGACUGCCCUUGUGAAGCUCACUACCCGCUUCUCCGAGGCGGCACAGGUGGACAGAAUCCGGAGGCUGUUGGAGAGCCGCCAGACCAGCUUGGACGUGGAGAUCCAGCAACGUUCAGUCGAGUACAGCAACCUUUUCUCAUACAGCCAGAUCCGAGCGGGCGUGCUUGAGAAGAUGCCGCCGCCGCAGAUCAAGGAGUCGUCUCGCGUCCUCGGCGAGGCCACGACAACCAAGAAGACCAACAAGGCAGCCAAUCGCAAAUCCAAGGUGGUCAAGCCUUCAGAACAAGACCUGCUUUUCGACCUCAUGGGAGACAGCAGCCCUGCCCCCUCUGCGACAAAUGGCACUUCGCAGAACAACGCCGACCUGCUUGCCGACAUCUUGGGCGGCAGCACCACCUCGCCUCCUCCUUCGUCCUCCUCCCCAGGCCCGCAGCAGUCAAAUGUUGCUUCCAUCAUGGACCUGUUCGGACCCGGGGCCGCAUCUGCCUCGUCUCCUGCUCCUCCCGCCGCAGCAAUGCCGUCCUCUAACCUCGACCUCCUCUCGCCCGUGUCAUCGCCGCCACCCGCACAAGCACAACAAGCUGCACCUCCAGCCGCCGCCGCCGCCGCCGGGCACGCCUGCUACAAUAACAACGGCCUCGUCGUCACCAUCGCGACGCAGCGCAAUGCUGAAGGUGUCGUGCAGGCGUCUGCGCGCUUCCGCAACGUCGGGGGCGGAACGCCGCUCUCGGGUGUGGGCCUGCAGGCUGCCGUGCCCAAGUCGCAAAAAUUGCAGCUGCAGGCGAUCUCGAGCACGGAGCUGGGACCGGGCCAGGAGGCUACGCAGCUGAUGAGGAUCACUGGUGCUACAGGGCCUCUUCGUCUGCGGUUGAGGAUCGGGUAUUCCAGCCCUUCGGCCGGGCAGGUCAUGGAUCAAGUCAACUGGACGGAGCCCUCGUAG